AUGGCAGAACUAAGUGCGAGUCUAAGUGCGGAAAACGAGUCCAAUAUACAAUACAAUACAAUGGCAGAACUAAGACGACUACUAUUUGGUAACUACAGUGAACACAUUUUACAAAAAAAAUAUGGACCAUUAGUUGCUAGUGAAAUAUGUCGAAAAUUUCCCAAGGAACCUUACAUCGGAACAUUUUACGGUACUGAUCCAGCUCUCAUAAUACAAGAUCCAAAUAUUCUGAAACUAGUCCUAUCGAAGGAUUUCAACUACUUCAGUGGCCGAGCAAAUACUGAUUAUUCAAACCGAGAGAUUCUUACAAAAAAUAUGUUUUUUAGAGGGGGCGAUGAAUGGAAGGCUUUACGUCUAAAUUUAACCCCACUAUUUACGAUGGCUAAAGUGAAAAAUAUGUUUCCUAUUAUAAAUGAGUGUACCAAAGAAUUAAAUGAAUAUAUUGAAGAGUUAUUAAAAUCAAAUGAGAAAAUUUCCGUGCGAUCGCUCCUUUCAAGAUAUACGAUGAGCUGCAUUAUGUCUUGCUCAUAUGGUAUUAACCCAAAUACUUUAAAACGGGAUGAGGGAAAUAAUAAUAUAUUUGUUAUUAUCGGUGAAAAGCUUUUUGAUACAUCAGUCAAGCAAAAUCUAAAACUAAUAAUGCAUACAAUGUGGCCACAAGUGUUUUAUGGCUUAAGAUUGAAAUUGUUUAGUGACGAGAUUGAGUCCUUUUUCUAUAAAUUAUAUUUAGAUACUACUAAAAGCAAACAUUUAAAUGAAUUAUUUAAAAGUGACUAUAUCGAUCAUUUCUUAGAAUUAAAAAAGAAAAAAUAUAUAUAUUCCGAACCAGUUAAGAAUUCUAACAUUGAAAAUAAGAAGGUAGUUAGAAUUGAAGUGAACCAAGAACUAAUGGUAUACCAAUCCCUAUCACUAUUCGGUGCAGGAUUUGAGACCACAUCGACUGCAAUGACUUUUCUUUUAUACGAACUAGCCAAAAACAAGCAUAUCCAGGACAAAGUGAUUGAAGAAGUAGAUGCAUAUUUAAAAAGACAUAACGGUGUUGUAGAUUAUGAAUGUGUUAAUGAAAUGUCAUAUCUUGAGGCCUGCAUUAGUGAGACGCUACGUUUAUACCCUGUAAUAGGUCUUCUGACUCGUGAAGUCAUGAGCAACUAUACCCUGCCUACAGGUCUUACAUUGGAGAAAGGCAAUCGCAUUCACAUACCCGUUUACCAUUUGCAUAGAAAUCCAGAUUAUUUUCCAGAACCAGAAGUAUUUCGCCCAGAACGAUUUAUUGGGGAAGAAAGGAAAAAGAUCAACCAAUAUGCUUUUUUGCCGUUUGGAAAUGGACCAAGGAUAUGCAUUGGUAUACGGUUCGCUAAAAUAACAAUGAUGGCUGGAUUGCUUAUGAUAUUAAGAAAAUAUAUGCUUGAUUUAGCUGAAGAUAUGCCUGUCAAGAUAAACUUUAAACCUGUGGGAUGCAAAAAGCACCGGUUGCUAGACAAGUAUGAUACUUUUUCUGACUGCCUCGGUGGUGUAGUGGCUAGCAUGUACGGCUGCACACCCGGAGGUCCUGGUGAACACAUUUUACAAAAAAAGUAUGGACCAUUAGUUGCUAGUGAAAUAUGUCGAAAAUUUCCCAAGGAGCCUUACAUCGGAACAUUUUACGGUACUGAUCCAGCUCUCAUAAUACAAGAUCCAAAUAUUUUGAAACUAAUCCUAUCCAAGGAUUUUACCUAUUUCAGUGGCCGAGAAAAUACUGAUUAUUCAAACCGAGAAAUUCUUACAAAGAAUAUUUUUUUCAGAGGGGGUGACGAAUGGAAGGCUUUACGUCUAAAUUUAACCCCACUAUUCACUAUUGCUAAAGUGAAAAAUAUGUUUCCUAUAAUAAAGGAGUGUACCAAAGAACUAGAUGAAUAUGUUGAAGAGUUAUUAAAAUCACAUGAGAAAGUGUCCGUGCAAUCGCUCCUUUCAAGAUAUACGAUGAGCUGCUUUAUAUCUUGCUCAUAUGGUAUUAACCCAAAUACUUUAAAACGGGAUGAGGCAAAUAAUAAUAUAUUUGUUAUUAUCGGUGAGAAGAUAUUUGAUACAUCAAUCAAGCAAAGUCUAAAAAUAAUAUUGCGAACAAUGUGGCCACAUGUGUUUUAUGGGUUACGAUUGAAACUUUUUAGUGAUGAAAUUCUAUUCUUUUUCAAUAAAUUAUUUUUAGAUGCUUCUAAAAGCAGAGAUUCAAAUGAUUUAUCUAGAAAUGACUAUAUCGAUCAUUUCUUGGAAUUAAAAAAGAAUAAAUAUAUAUAUUCCGAAUCAUUUAAGAAUUCUAACAUUGAAAAUAAGGAGUUAGUAAGAAUUGAAGUGAACCAAGAACUAAUCGCAUACCAAUCCUUUUCAUUAUUCGGUGCAGGCUUUGAGACCACAUCGAUUGCAAUGACUUUUCUUUUAUAUGAACUAGCCAAAAACAAAAAUAUCCAAGAAAAAGUGAUCGAAGAAGUAGAUGAAUAUUUUGAAAGACAUAACGGUGUUGUAGAUUAUGAAUGUGUUAAUGAAUUGUCAUAUCUUGAGGCCUGCAUUAGUGAGACGCUACGUUUAUACCCUGUAUUAGGUCUUCUGACUCGCGAAGUCAUGAGCAGCUAUACCCUGCCUACAGGUCUUACAUUGGAAAAAGGCAAUCGUAUUCACAUACCCGUUUAUCAUUUGCAUAGAAAUCCAGAUUAUUUUCCAGAACCAGAAGUAUUUCGCCCAGAACGAUUUAUUGGGGAAGAAAGGAAAAAGAUCAACCAAUAUGCUUUUUUGCCGUUUGGAAAUGGACCAAGGAUAUGCAUUGGUAUACGGUUUGCAAAAAUGCCAAUGAUGGCUGGAAUGCUUAUGAUAUUUAAAAAGUAUAAGCUUGAUUUAGCUGAAAAUAUGCCCUUCAAAAUAAACUUUCAACCUGUUAGAUUCUCGGGCAUAUGCAGUGUGGUAUGCCUCUCUUUUACCCAGAGCCAGAAAACACCGGGCAUGCUACAGAUAAUGAUGUGCGGAUUCAAUCUCCGCUUGAAAUGCCUCACCAUUGGCUAUUUGCACUUGUUGGCCAGUGUUGUGGAUAUAGGAUGUCACGUUCUGGUGGUAGCAAUACUUUCAAACGGUUUCCAAUGUGACAUCAAGGCAGAGAGCCUCUCGGUAAUCGACUUGCCAUGGCUACAGCUGCUGCUUUUAGUGAUCAAUUUCGGAACCCAUGGCUUUUAUCCUUUUCCUCUCGAUUUACGCUCCUACUACGACCACAUGCAAUUUGUAGUUGAACCAAGAUGUUAUCCAGGGAUGCUGCACUUGAGUCUCAUUGAUAUUAUAAAUUUCUUCAUCAACGUCAUCUGGCUUAAGUUUGUUAUUGCUUUUGUGACUGCUGUACAUAAGAGAGAUCCGGAGCCAAUGCGUAUGUUUUUUGGCCUCUCACUUCUGAAGUUAAUAGUCCAAGUGAUAUACUUUACAUACCAAUUUAAUAUGGGCUUCGCCAGUCCACAGUACUCCUUCCUGAUUGCUGCUGAUACUGGUAUUUCCGUCAUUUUCCUAAUGAUUAUCAACGCUUACAUAUUCCAAGUGCGACAUGAAUUACUACAAAAGAAAGUUGAUCAACCCCCGACUUAUAUCGAGUGUUUGAUGAAUACACCUCUACCAAAAGUGGAUGAGAAGAACACUAUAUUAGUUAUUGAUGAUAAAAAACCCCAAUUGCCCACAGAAGUGGAAUCUAAGGAGACGCUU